UUCUGUAAAGAAUUACGAUCUGUACAAAGGAGCGUUAAAAAUAGGGUACAAUUUGUUUAAUAAAUGAGAGUACUGUGCAUAUAUAACGAUGGACGAUGUGAAAGAAGUUAUGUCCGAUAUCUAUAACACUUUAGUACAAAUACGUUAUCCUAAAAUUACGACAGCCACAGUAGAAAAUGUAGAAACAACAAUUCUCAGUGGAAAAAAUCGUAUUUCCUUAUUGUCUUGGGUGCUAGCUGAAAAAUCUCCCGAAAUAGCAGUUACAUUACAAAACUUAGGAGGCACUGCUUUAAAAGACAAGUUAUUGCAGUAUUAUUCUGGAAUUGGGAUUUGCACUGACAAGGAAUUAUUAAUGGGAAAUUGUGCAUUAAAAGAACAACUUCCUACUUUAAAACUAUUAUUAGAGUUUAUAAAGUGUAUGUAUAUUGAUUCAUCUGAUACUGAGGAUAAUGAGGAGAAGUGCAUUGAUGAUAUAAUACAGGCUUGUAUUAUUGAAGAUCCAGAUGAAAUGAUAUCUGAUAUUGAUGAAGAUCGACAAGAUUAUUCUGAAUCUCUGCAAUACUUUCAUGAUUUAAAAGAAUAUGUUGCUAAUCACCAAGAAUCAAAUUCUGAUUAUGAAUCUAAAAAGGAAGAGACUGUAACAAAUAAUGAAGAACAAGUAAUGGUACAAGAAAAAGAAAAAGAAAGUAACAAAAAUGAUACAGAUUUAUUUAAUGAAAAAACAGAAAAUUUCGUAGAAGCUUCAAUUAUUGAGACAUACCCAAAGCCUAAAGAAAAAAAGGAAGAAAAUGAAGUAAAUACUAUGAAUGCUGAUAUUAAAGAUAUAUGUUCAAACGUACAAGAAAAAGAAAAAGAAAGUAACGAAAAUGAUACAGAUUUAUUAUUUAAUGAAAAAAUAGAAAAUUUCUUAGAAGCUUUUUCAAUUAUUGAGACAUACCCAAGGCCUAAAGAAAAAAAGGAAGAAAAUUAUGUGAAUACUAUGGAUGCUGAUAUUAAAGAUAUAUGUUCAAACUUCAGUAUUUUAACACAGUUUUUGCAAGCAAAAGAUGGAAUAUGCAAUGCAUCUAUACCAAAGGAAUUAAAUAAAAUUAACACACCGUUUAACGAAAUUUUUAAAGAUGCUGUUACUAAUACCACAGAUGCUGUAAACAUGUAUAUAAAUAAUCAAUAAGUUACAGUAUUAUAUUACAAAUAAUUUUUAAAAAGCAUUGUUUUUUAAUUUCAUAUUUUUGUAUUUUUAUGUAAUAAAAACGUUUACACAUUGAUUAG